AUAAGAGAGAGACACGGACUUCCAAAUAAAAAGGAAAAAGUUCAUUUCACCUCCAUCAUCAUCUCGAAGAGAGAAGAGAAGAAGCCCAAUUUACAGAGCGAAACCCUAAAUCACAAGAAGCAAAGAUGUUAAGAGUAAUAAGUAGAAAGCUUUCUUCUUCGUCUUCAGCCGUUAGAUCUUCAUCUAGUUUCUUCAGUAGAACAUCUUUCAACGGCAACGAUGAUAAGGAAUCUCCAAUCAGAUCUCCUUCUCCUUCACUCGCAUCUUUGUAUCUCCAUAAUAUCAGAGGUUUCUCAUCUAAUUCAGUUUCCCCCGCACAUCAGAUGGGUUUAGUCCCGGAUCUCCCACCGACAGUGGCUGCUAUUAAGAAUCCCAGUUCAAAAAUUGUAUAUGAUGAUUCCAACCAUGAGCGUUACCCACCUGGUGAUCCAAGCAAACGUGCUUUUGCUUACUUUGUCUUGACAGGAGGCAGGUUUGUCUAUGCCUCAUUGAUUCGCCUCCUGAUUCUUAAGUUUGUUCUGAGCAUGUCUGCCAGUAAAGAUGUCCUUGCACUUGCUUCUCUUGAGGUGGAUCUUUCAAGCAUUGAACCUGGGUCGACUGUUACUGUCAAGUGGCGUGGAAAGCCUGUUUUCAUCAGACGCCGCACUGAAGACGACAUCAAAUUGGCGAACAGCGUUGAUCUCGGCUCCCUUAGGGACCCGCAACAAGAUGCUGAGAGGGUCAAAAAUCCAGAAUGGCUUGUGGUUGUUGGGGUAUGUACUCAUUUAGGGUGCAUCCCUUUACCAAAUGCUGGUGAUUUUGGUGGUUGGUUUUGCCCAUGCCAUGGAUCCCACUACGACAUCUCUGGUAGGAUUCGCAAAGGACCUGCACCGUACAAUCUGGAGGUGCCUACCUACAGUUUCUUGGAGGAUAACAAGAUGCUUAUUGGUUGAGAAAUUAUGUCCAAGUUGCAGGACAACUUGUAGUUGCUGGACCAAAAAUGGAUCUUGCGUUUAGCCUUUCUUUGAGUUAUACAUGGGUUGUAUUUAUCGACCAGUACUGGUAGCACGCUUUUUUGAGUGAAUAAUUCUGCUGGCUGCUUGUUAAGAUACUUUUUUAUGUUCAAAAUUAUUUUUAAUAAACUUUUCAAAGAUUUACAUA